AUGAUGGCGCGCCAACGUGUUCCAUCAUUCCUUUCAUCCAUUCUACUCCUCAGCCUCUCCCUUUUGAGCGUCUCCGGCCAAUACAUACAGACCCCUGUGGCUCAGCGGAACUCCCCCAAUGGCCGUUCUGUCUAUUUGUGGCGCCCCACGUCCAGAGACCGGUUCCAACAGGUCAUCGAUGUGCAUCCGUACGCCGUCUUCCUCGAGUACAACUGCCACUACAUGACGGCCAUCUGCCGCAACGCCGACAACUUCUACGGCUCGAGUCGCGGCCUGGCCCGGGGCCGCUACAACACGUGGUUCAACUUCGACUUCAGCACCCGCAAGAAGUCGCCCCGCGGCCGGUCGCAGUACAGACGCUCCAGGAGCUGCCCGACCGGCUGGGUGAGUUCCGCGGGCUGCCCGCACUCCGACCAGGAGACUGUCUGGCGCAACGACGGGGCGUGGUGGACCACGGCUCUGGCACCUCCUCCGGAUGGGUUGAAGUUCAUCCUCGCGCCGCUGAGGGUCGGUCGCAACACCAAGAAGUCGGGCGUUUACUACACCUGCGACGAGUUCCCCGCGGCCUCGUGGGUCGAGGGCGGCGACGGCACUGGCGUCCCAGGCAACAGCCCCGGGGGCGGUGCCUCGCAAACUCGCUGCGCAGCCUUUCAGUGCCGGAGCGGUGUCAAGGCUGAGCAGAACUGGCAGGCCACUGCGCAUCGGGCUCUGCGCUACGAGCUGAAGCGCAUCAUCAACCAUCUAGGUAUCUGGCCCCCUGGUGCCAACAAGGACAUGCAGGUCGCCCAGUUCUACUUCCGCAAGUCCAAUUCCGCAAAUGGUGUCGCCGCGCGUGUCAUCAGCUACUCCAACUUGAAGCCGCAAACCGUCGCCAACACGAGACCUGUCUCGCAGGCGAAGCGUGCUGAGAUGACGCCCGAUGAGCUUCGCCGUUGGGCCAACACGGUCACUCUGGAGGAGCUUGAGAAGCUCACCGGGGGGACGUUGAGCCAGCACGUUAUAUACUCUAAUGAGAGUCUCUGGGCGGCGGAGGACGAGGACGACGAGAGCGACAGGCCCUGGCGCGAGCUGCUUCACGCAUCCUUUGCUGCCGCCUCCAAUGCUACGAACCUGCGCGAGCGCAAUAUCGUUAACAGUUCCCCUGGACACAGCGUAGACAGUACAAAGGAUGCUGACACGCUGAAUCCCAACCCCAUCGUCAAGAGAAACGUCACCGUGAUCCAUGCGCCGCUCGUGAGCAACGCCACCAUGGCUGCCAUCGAGAGGGCCCGCAAACUCGUUGACAAAGCCAUCGACGAGUCAAGCAAGCUCAACGUUGCCCGACUGGCCAGCCCGCUGCGCAACAAGUAUGAGCUGAAGCCCGGCACUGUGACGGGCUCCCUUGGGUCUCGCCAGGAAAGAGACAAGGACAAGGACGCGGCGCCGGUCCAUCCGCGGCUCAAAAUUACCGACGAGAUUGCCGAUGCGGCCGCUCUCGUUGCCGAGGACGAUGCCCGUCAUACUCGCCACAACGUGACCCAAAGGGUCUGGAAGGAGGCGGCCGCGGCGUCGCAGUCGGGCUCGUACUGGAUGGAGCACAUUGCUCGCAAGGGCAGCGUGCCCUGGGGCGAUGACCCCGGCUACAAGGUGUAUCGCAACGUCGUCGACUACGGCGCCGUCGGCGAUGGCGUCACCGACGACACAAAGGCCAUCAACAAGGCCAUGCAGGACGGUAAGCGCUGCGGCGAAAAGUGCAACGGCUCGACGACCAAGAAUGCCAUCAUCUACUUUCCCCCGGGAAAGUAUCUCAUUUCCACGACGAUUGAGAUGCCCUUUGGCACCCAAGUGAUAGGAGACGCCAACAAUCGCCCAACCCUCAUUGCCUCGAAGCGCUUCAUCGGCCUCGGCGUCCUCUCGACGGACAAGUACACGGGUGGCGGCACGGGCAUCGACGGCCUCGACCAGGAGUGGUUCGUCAACACGGCCAACUUCUACCGCCAGCUGCGCAACAUUCGCAUCGACAUCACCGACACGCGCUCGUCGCAGAAGGUGGCCUGCCUGCACUACCAGGUUGCGCAGGCCACGAGCAUCCAGAACGUCGAGCUCAUCGCCAAGCCGGGCACCGGCCAGAGGGGCAUCUUUGCCGAGAACGGCAGCGGCGGCGUCAUGUCCGACAUUACCUUUACUGGCGGCGGCUACGGCAUCUACGGUGGCAACCAACAGUUCACAGCCCAGCGGCUGACGUUCAACGGCUGCGACGUCGGUGUCCAGGUCAUCUGGGACUGGGGCUGGGUGUGGAAGUCCAUCACCAUGAAGAACGUCAAGACGGGCUUCAAGCUCCUCCAGCAGGAAAAAAAGCCAACGGCAAAGAGCUCGAAGCGGGAUGGCAAAAAGUCCCCCAACGGCAACAUCGGCUCCAUCUCCGUCAUCGACUCGAGCUUCGAGGGUGUCGGCACCGCCGUUCUGAUCGCGCCGCCAAACUCCAAGCCCGGCACGGGCAGCACCGGCGACGUGAUCGAGCACGUCUCCUUCUCUAGUGUUGACAAGGCCGUGGCAGACACGAGCGGUGCUACGCUGCUCGCACCAUCCGCCAUGGUCGACCACUGGGCGCUCGGCCCCGUCUACUCGUCCAAGGCCACCCGCUCUUUCUCCGAGGGCGGCAAGAUCACCGGUUUCCAGCGGGACUCUGAUCUGAUCGACGAGAGGCGGAACUACUUUGAGCGCCAGAAGCCGCAGUACGAGAACAGCGCGCUUGGCGACUUUGUCCACGUCAAGGAUUUUGGCGCAAAGGGCGACGGCGUCACCGACGAUACGGCAGCGUUGCAGGCAGCCCUUUACGCCAGCCAGGGCAAGGUUCUCUUUGUAGAUGCGGGAUCAUAUAUCCUCACGGGCACUGUCACUGUCCCUGCGGGGUCCAAGGUAGUGGGCGAGACGUGGUCACAGCUCGUCGCGACGGGCAAAUACUUUGCAGAUGCCAGUAAGCCCAAGGUUAUGCUAAAGGUCGGAAACGCCAACGAAGUCGGGUCCAUCGAGAUGCAGGACCUCAUCUUCACCAGCCGUGGGCCCGCCCCGGGCUUGAUCAUGGUUGAGUGGAACGUGCGCGCCAGCAGCCCCGGCGCGGCUGGUCUCUAG